AAGUGUCCUAAAAAUAUUUAUACCAUCUUGAUCUAGUAACUACUAACUUUGUAGUCCUCUUAACCUUAUCAACUUCUUCCACCAAAACCAAAGUCCCAAAUUUCUACAAAUCUCAUCAAACUUUUAUUUUCCCUAAAAUAAAGGUCCAUUGGUCCUUUUCUCAUCCCCCAAUCCAAUAAUCCAAGCCCAUUAUCAUUUCUCUCCCCCCAACCUUACUUUCUCUCUCCUCCAUUUUUGUUUCUCUCUCCUCCAUUUUUUUUUUCUCCGGUCGAAAUAAAUCCUAGAUCUUCACCGCCGUUGACGGUGUUUCAUCUUUCUCUCUCCUCGAUUUGUUCGUCCGAUCUGUUUUCGGUUUAUUUUAUCGAUUGUUGAAUUGUUCUAGCUUAUUUUGCAGUAUGACGACCACUGAUGAAAAUAACGAAAUGGUAGAUUCAAAACACGCUGAUGAACAGUCAGAGUUUGAAACUUCACAAGCUAGGCAUUCUGUGAAGGUGAAACCUGAACGAGCUGUACCCGAGCCGAUGGAGAUGGAGGAGGCGCUGCCUAUGGUGGAACAAGCUGAUCCACAAACUGUUGGUGAACCGGUUAACUCAGGAAAUGUGAAUUCCGAGCUUGCUGGUCCUGAGCCGCUCGGUGAGGAUGCUGUACAUUCACCACCAGUCAAUUCAGAGGAUAUGCAUCCAGAAGUAGUCAACUCAGAGCAUAUGCAAUCACAGGCAUUCAGUUCAGAAGUUCUGCAUUCACAGCCAGUUAGUACUGAGCUUGUUCAUUCGCACCCGAUCGCUGGACAAGUGGUUCACUCCCAGCCUGGAAGUGCAGAUCUCAUGUAUUCGGAACCUCUUAGUUCCACUAAUGAAAGCAAUCAACUGGUAGAUCCGAAGCAGGCUGAUGUGCAGCCAAGAGAGUCGGGGAUCGGAAAUUUGCAAGCAGAGAAUUGUGUGACAGUGAAACCAGAACGAGCUGAACCUGUAACAAUGGAUGUGGAGGUAGCCAACUCACAGUGUUUGGGCGAAGAAGUUGGUCCACAUUCAGUUUGUGAAGAACACGCAAGUGCUGAGCUUGCUCAUCCUGAGCCACUGGGUGAGGAGGCAGUAUACCCAGUCAGCUCGGAAGCCAUGCAUCCACAGCUAGUCAAUUCAGGGCAUGCCCAUUCGCCAGUUAGUUCGGAGCAAAUCCAUGCACAGACUGUCACUGCAGAAAACAUGCAUUCACAGCCUGUAAGCUUGGAGCACAUGCCUUCUCAGCCUGUCAGUUCGGAACAGAUUGAGAGUUCAGAACUUGUGCACUCUCAGGCAGUCAGUGACGGGCAUGUUCAUGCGCACCUGGUUGCUGCAGAGGUGGUUCAUUCCCAGCCUGGUGAUAUUGUGUAUUCCCAGCCACUUGGUUCAGAUAUUGUGCAUUCCCAGCCAGUUAGUACGGAGCUUGUGCAUAUACAGCAUGCCAAUGUAGAGCCAGUUCAUUUGCAGUCAGUUGGGCUAGAACUUGUCAAUUCACAUGGUCAUGGAGGUGAGCUUGUAAAUUCCCAUGCUCUUGGUAUGGAGCUGAUCAAUACACAGCCGCUCAGCACAGAGCUCCCUAAUUCACAGCUAGCAACUCCUGAGACCCAACCUAAUAAGCGUCGGAAGAAGAAGUCUAUCGUCUGGGAGCAUUUUACUAUUGAAACAGUUGGUGUGGGCUGCAGGAGGGCAUACUGCAAGGUAUGCAAGCAGUCAUUUGCAUACAGUACUGGUUCCAAGGUUGCUGGAACGAGCCACCUGAAGCGUCAUAUUGCUAAAGGGACUUGCCCUGUUGUCCUGCGUCAGCAGGAGAAGAAUCAGUUGUCCCCAUAUAUGCCAAAGACCGGUGGAACUGAUGCAGGUACUGAACAUCAACCAAAAAGGCGUUACAGGAGCUCUAGUUCACCUUAUCUCAUCUUUGAUCAGGAUCGUUGCCGACAUGAGAUUGCUAAGAUGAUCAUCAUGCAUGAUUACCCACUUCACAUGGUUGAACAUCCAGGAUUUGUCUCCUUUGUCCAGAAUCUUCAGCCCCGUUUUGAUAUGGUGAGCUUUAACAUUGUGCAAGGUGAUUGUGUAGCAAUUUUCUUGAGGGAAAAACAGAAUCUUCAACGGUUCAUCGAGGGGAUUCCGGGACGAAUUUGUCUGACAUUGGAUAUGUGGACUUCAAGUCAAUCAACUGGUUAUGUUUUUGUGACUGGACAGUACAUCGAUAAUGACUGGAAGUUGCAUCGGAGACUUCUGAAUGUUGUAAUGGAGCCAUUUCCAGAAUCAGAUAGAGCACUGAGCCAUGCUAUCGGUACUUGUUUGUCUGACUGGGGAUUUGAUCGUAAAUUAUUCACAAUUACUUUUAAUCAACCACUGGGUGAAGCUGCCCUUGAAAACUUAAGGGCCUUGCUUGCAGUAAAAAACCCAAUGCUCUUUGAUGGCCAGUUGUUGAUUCAGAGUUGCAUUGCUCGCACUCUGAGCAGCAUGGCUCAAGAAGUAAUAACUGCUAGUGAAGUAACCAUCAAGAAGAUCAGGACCAGUGUGAAGUACGUGAAGACGUCAGAAUCUCAUGAGGAAAAAUUUCUGGAGCUAAAGCAACAGCUCCAAGUACCUACAGAAAAGAGUCUCUCUCUUGACAACGUCACAAAAUGGAACACUACAUAUGAAAUGCUCCUUGCUGCUUCUGAGUUGAAACAAGUUUUCUCCUGCUUAGAUACAUGUGACCCUGAUUAUAAGGAUGCCCCUUCCAUGGAGGAUUGGAGUCUAGUUGAGAACAUCUGCAUGUACCUUAAACUUUUGUACGAUACUGUGAAUUUGCUCUUAGCAAAACCUACUCCAUCUUCAAACGUGUUCUUCCACGAGGUAUGGAAGAUCCAGCUGGAGCUAGCACGUGCUGCUGCAAGUGAUGAUCUCUUUGUAGCUGGCCUUGCUAAGCCUUUGCAAGACAAGUUUCACAAAUACUGGAAAAAUUCUUGUCUGGUCUUGGCAGUUGCUGUAGCUAUGGAUCCCCGGUUUAAGAUGAAACUUGUGGAGUUCAGCUUUACAAAAAUCUUUAUGGAUGAAGCUCCGCAUUUCAUCAGAGUAGUUGAUGAUGGAAUCCAUGAACUUUUUCAUGAGUACAUGAAUCAUCCUCUUCCAUUAACCCCUGUUAGGGACGGGAAUGGUGGUUAUGUCAAGGGAGAAGACUCAGAAGGAGGUAACCUUCUUAACAGCAAUGGACUUUCAGACUUUGAUAUGUAUAUCAUGGAGACAUCAAGCCAACAAAUGAAGUCAGAAUUGGAUCAAUAUUUGGAGGAGUCUCUUUUACCAAGGAUCCAAGAUUUUGAUGUGCUAGGUUGGUGGAAGCUGAACAAGCUUAAGUAUCCUACGCUUUCAAAGAUGGCCCGGGAUAUACUGUCCAUGCCCCUCUCGACUGUCUCUGCUGAAUCUGUAUUUGAUACAUCGUUCAAGGAGAUGGAUUCAUACCGGUGCUCAUUGCGGCCAGAGACUCUCGAGGCCCUCAUAUGUGCUAAGGAUUGGUUGCAGCCAGAUUCAACCAAAGCCUCCUCAAAAGAACUAGUGAAGAUGGAACUCUGACUUUGCAGCUAUUACUAUAAAUCUUGUAUUAUGUCAAUGUGUAGGUAGGCUUCUUUCCAUCGUUGUCGCAUGUUGAUGCGCAUUUUAUUUCUAGCACAGAUUGUGAAAAUGAUUCCUGACUCUUAGGUAGUCUCAUUGUAAUAUUUCAAGCGAGAACCAUUAUGUGAUUUAGGAGUAGAUGUUUGUAGGGAUUGCAUUUUGGUUACAAUUUUAUGCGAGGGAAGCUUCUGAAGUUUUCAA